CCACCUAGCAACCAAAGGUGGGCGCAGAAGAGGGUGAUCUUGUAAACACACACAGCGAUCGGAACAGAACUAGCGAUGAAGUCAUCCGGGUUGCGCGUUCAGAAGUGGUCCCUGCCGAUGGGCGUUCUGCGCAGGAUAUACCCCUCCUACACGAGUCAAACGGUGAAAUCCCAGCCUAGCAACAUCUCAGCAGAAAACCAGCCAGCCCACACGGGCAGAGAAGUAAAGGAGAUUCGGGCACUAAUGAUUGACUUGGGAACGGGCUACAUUAAGGCCGGCCUCGCUGGCCGGUGCAAGCCAGCGGUUACUGUCUCGUCCAUUGUGGGCAGACCAAUGCAGCGCAGCGUCAAGACCGGAGACAUCCGUAAGGAGAGUUUCGUGGGCAGAGAGCUGACGGCUCCCUCCGAACUUCGGCUGAGCAAUCCGUUCUACCACGGCGUCGUGGUAGACUGGGACGGCGCUGAGAUCGUAUUGGACUACGUGCUGGAGAAGAAACUGCAGGCGAGACCGGAGGACCACGCCGUGAUGGUGGCCGACCCGCCACUCAGUCCCAUAACGAACAGGGAGAAGAUGGCCGAGCUCCUCUUUGAGACCUUUGGAUUUCCGGCCGUGCACAUCUCUAGGCAGUCUGUGCUCUCCAUCUACGCUUACGGUUGCACCUCGGGGCUGGUGGUGGAGAGCGGCCACGGAUACUCCAGCGUGGUGCCCAUUCACGAAGGCUACAUCAUUCCCCAUAUUGCCACCACCGUAGACUACGCUGGCAACGACCUCACCAAGUACUUGAUGGAUCUUCUCAAUCAGAACGGUCACACUUUGAGCACCAACGACUACCAAAUAGUGGAACAUAUCAAACAGAAAUAUUGCUACACUGCCGCUGAUUUCGAGACGGAACUUCGUGUAGAAUCCAAGGAAUCUUCGAUGCACUAUGAACUGCCUGACGGCAAAGUGAUCACUAUAGGCAAGGAGAAGAUCAAGUGCCCCGAGGCCCUCUUUAAUCCAGCCCUCAUGGGUUCCAGUGAGCCUGGACUCCACACCAUAGCUUUGAAUCUCAUCAACAAGUGUGACAGCUCAAUCCUGGAGGAGAUGUCCAGGAACAUCCUACUCUGUGGUGGGUCCAGCAUGUUCCCUGGCUUUCCUGUCCGUUUCCAGAAGGAGAUGAGGGACCUGGUACAGGAUAUGAACCUGCAGGUCCGGGCAAUUCCCAUAAGGAGAUAUUCUGUUUGGUUUGGAGGAUCGAUCUUAUGUUGCCUCAAAAUCUUCGAACAAUUAUGGGUCAGCAAGAAAGAUUAUGAUGAGCAUGGACCAAUAGCUGUAUAUCAUAAAUAUUUCUAAAAAAAGGUUCUUGUGCAUAACUGAUAUUCGUUAUCAAACCUAACUAAUUCUAAAUUGGGAUUAAAUUAUAGAAGUAAUAAACUCUUUUAAAUCGGUGUGAUUGUUGGUAUGUUUAAGCAGCGUGCUUUUAAGUGAAAUCCAAAAUGCACCAAAAUGCGCUACCUCACAUGAAAUCCCGCCAUUGAAGAUGGUGAGACUACCAAGUUUGCAGGUUGGUGUACCUUGGGCUAAAAAUAGCUUUGGUCUGUCCGGCUUGGAUGGUGUUCAGUUCUGAACUGUGCAGAGACAGUGCCCAUAGUGCUCUCCCGCCGGUGCUCAUC